AUGGUGGGCGACCAUGUCGCUGCUGCUGCAUUGGGUGAGUUUGUAAUCAACGACAAUUAUCAUCCGCUUGAUGUAUGGAAGGUAGGAUUGCCGGAGACUUCCCAUCUAUUCUUUGUAAUAGUAACUCCUGAUCUUAAUAAAUGCUCCAUAAGUAAGCGGGAAUCAGAGAAUCAUACACUCAAGCUUAUAUCCUCUGUGGCAAAAGGUGAUUUAAAGAUGUUGGUUUGUAUGCUCUCGACGGAAGGUUCGGCGAGGUCGAACUGGAUCCCUGGCUUCAAAGAAGUAAUAAAUGCCACAAUUCAUGUUGGAUCUUUGGGGUUCAGAAUGAGUGGGUCAAGUCCCACCGUGGUUGGUGUCACCGAUAACGAUGAAGAGGCGUUUAAUAUUACAGCCAAGAUGGUUGUUACAUUCGAUGAAAUAUGGGAAAUAAAGGCUUCAGCAAUGGUUCGGACCAUUGAUCGAUUGGGUUGUAGAGUCACAGCCCGUACUUGA